GGAAGGGCUAAGGAAAAAGAUUGGAGUAAGCAGUUGAGGUGUGGCCAUGGCGCAAACCCGGAUUCUAAUCACACCAUGGCGCUCUCUGCGGCUGCACAGCUUGCCAAUUUUGUCCCCAACUCCGUGUUGCAGAGCAUCAGCAAUUCUCGUCACUUGAGCGGCUCACCCUCAUGGGCUCACAUACUCGUCAGACGCUUCACGCACAUGUCCUUGGAAGGUUUCCAAGAAAAGUCCAGAAAAGGAUACCAACAUGGUCCUCUUCUCGGCAGUUCGUCAAGGAGGUUGAGCAAUGUCACAGUUGCCGCUGAGCGGUCCCCGAUUAAUGGUUUUCACGAAUCACCGAGGCCGAUUGAUGGGCCACGCAGGAAGGUUGUGGAGCAUGUUGUUUUGCUUCAGAUGGAGGAGGACAUGACCGAUGAACAGGAGAAGGACAUGUUGGACCAUCUUUACUCUCUUCAAUACCACUAUAGAGGCAUAUUGGCUGUUUCUCUAGGUCGGGUUGUUGAAAGGAUGCCAGAAGGAGUAACCCACGCUUUCUUUCAACGUUUCCCAUCUUUCGAAGCGCUGGAGCAGUAUAUGGACCACCCAGCUCGUCUCCAAGUGGCUGAGAAGUACAUCAAUCCGUAUUGCAAGGGACGCAUAGUGGCAGACUUUGAAGCAGAGGUUGAAGAUGAUCUCGAACCACUCUUCAGGCGAGGUGAGAGGUUUCAACAAGGAAUAGAGCAUGUGGUUUUGAUAAAAGUAAGAGAAGGAGCAAUACUUGACGGAACUGAAGGGAUGAUUGAGGCUUUCAAUGCACUGCCACAACAAAUCGGUCCAUCAGUCAUCGUUCAACUAACCGCAGGUACCAACCUAUCUGAUCGCAAUAAAGGUUACACACACGGAGUUCUUGUGCGGGUACCAUCAGAAGAGGCCUUGACCACAUUCAGCAAACAUCCUGCUUAUGUCAGAGUUUUUACUGAGAAAGUUCUUCCUAUCAGUUCAGGGCUAUUAUCAGCAGAUUUUUUGGUAGAUCCUGUGACCAAAUCAUCCCCCCUUUGAACGUGAGAUUUUGGAGUUAACAUCAUCUUUCAUAUGUGAAGCACAACCUCAGUUUCCUGUCAGCUUUCCGUGAUAUGGUAAUCUUUGUUCCUGGAAGUUCCUAAUGAAGCUUAUCAAGUAGUGCAGAAAGCUUGUAUUGAGUUGUAGAAAUGCGUCUAUCCAUUCAUCUCCUGUCACUUCACGAAGGGCAAUAACCUCUGUUGGGAAGCUCUUCAGUGGCCAUUGUACCCAAUUCCUUCGAAGAUGUGAAGAAAUAUUCCCAUCGUGUCUCACUUCCUGUUUAGUCA